CAACCUUUAUCUCUCCUCUUCCUCUUCUUUUUCUUCGCUUUUUAAAUAAUUUUAUUUUUUACUUAUUUCGCUUUAAAUGCGCCAGUGCGUCUAUAUGUGCAUGCGCUGUGACGUCAUUGUGCGGCACCGGACUUUGCUCUGCAGCAGAACCGACCCCGGUCCGGUUCGAGGCGGGUCGGAACCGACCGUCACUCCGGGCCAGGAUCUACUUUUCGUGCAAAAUGAUCCAAUCAUGGAUCAAUGAGCUGCAGCUGGUAUCAGUUAUUGAUCAGUUUACUGAUAUUAAUGUGACGCAUCAAGGUGGACGCCCGCAGGCAGCACGACUUCCGGUGAGGUUUUCAAAACAGAAGCGAAAGGGGUGGAGCCUCAGGGUCAGAGGUCAGCGCUGCCUGCUGGUGUUCCACAGGCCCAGCGGCUCUCUGAGGUCAUCUCACCUGGAGGUCAAAGUUCGUGGUGAGGAAAAGAGGAAGUGGCAGACGGAGAUGGAGAACAAGCGGCGCCAGCUGGAGGAUGAACGCAGAGCUCUGCAGCACCUGAAGUCGAAAGUUCUGAGGGAGCGCUGGCUGCUGGAAGGACCCGCUGGUCCGGACCAGAACCAGAACCGGGACCCGGACCAGGUCCGGAGUCAGCUGGAGGAGGACGAGGCCAGAAGCAGAACCUUGGAAGAGUCCAUCAGGAGGUUGGAGCAGGAAGUCUCCAGUCUGGAAACUGGACCUGUCUCUCAGACCAUAACACACUCUGUUGUGAUGUCAACACCUGAUCCAGCUGUUGAGGUCAAAGGUCACAGCAGAAUGGAGCUGGGCGGAGCUAAGCCGUCAGGUCAGGUGAUCCAAGACCCUGCAGAGGUCAAAGUUCACAAAAGUCUUAAAGUCAGUAAAUCAAGAGAAGCCCGGGGUGAGAUGAAGAAAGCCAUGUACUCAGUGGAGAUUAAAGUGGAGCGAGACAGAGUGACGGGGGAAACCAGAGUUCUUUCCACUAACACCAAACUUCCUGUUGACCUCUCCGAUCAAGGGGUCAAAGUUUAUGAAGAUGAACAGAAAGUGGUCCAUGAGAUGAACGGGGACGACGCUCACCUGCUCAGCUCCGUUGAGGUGGAGGAGCUCAUCCACAAAGCUGACGAGGCCUCGGUGAUGUCACAUCCCAUCACCACGGCAGCCUCCCUGCCAACAGGAGAAGUCCUGAGGGAGUCGGACCUUCCGCCAGAACCAGAACCAGGGUCCACACGGACCCCCAGUCACGCCCCGGCCGUCGCCGCAGAGAUCACAGGGCUGGAGGCGGCGGCCGGCGAGGAGCUGGACGUGGCGGAGGCCAGCGCUGAGAACCCGGUUACCAUGGUGUUCAUGGGAUACCAGGAUGUGGAGGACGAGGACGAGACCAGGAAGGUUCUGGGGCUGCAGGGCACGGUGAAGGCGGAGCUGGUGCUCAUCGAUGAUGGAGAUGGAAAGGUAGAUCCACCUGCCUGUGCUGCCCCGCCUUCUGCUGCCCCGCCCACGCCGACCAAAGCUCCAGAAACGGUGAGGGCGAGCAACGGGGAGGCGGCGGCGGAGGGAAGGGCGGCAGCAGGGAAGAAGAAGCAGCCGUGUAAAUGCUGCAGCAUCAUGUGAUCAUCAUGUGACUGAGACUGAACUAACUCCGCCCACUCCACCUUUCCCUUUAGCAACAUGACAUCACUUCCUGUUUUCUGCUGUCACUUCAACAAGUACUGAGAACACUUAAGUACAUUAGCAUUAGCAUGUUAGUAUUCCACUCUCCAGGUGUGUUCGCCUGUAUGCCUGUCUGUUUUCUAAAAGAGGAAAUAAAAUGAAGUUACCGUGAAGCUGUGUGUGUGUGUGUGUGUGUGUGUGUGUGUGUGCGUGUGUGUGUGUGUGUGUGUGUAUUGUUGACUGGUGAUGCUGGCGUUCCAGCUACUCCCAGCCUUGGUGGCUCUCAGAUUGUUUCUCAGUUUCUGGGUUUCUUCUCUCUGACGGCCCGGCUGGGUGUUCUGGCCGGGCCCUGAUUCCGGACCUCACAGCAGAAGCAGAAACAGAACCUGGUACUGAAUUGCCUCAGUUAGCGGACCCAGACUGUGACUCCAUCAGAACCCGUGGCUCUAUGCAGACCGGCCGGCAGCACCAUCAGCUCUUCCUGUUUCUCUUCUUCUACAGAACCUGUAGGUGGGCACCACGCCUGGGACCUGCUGUCACCAUGGUAACCACCAGGCAGAGGCCACCCAGGAGGUCAUCUGUCAGGAUGAAGGUCUCCCUGCUGCGUCCUCUUCACCUUCUUCUUCUCUUCCUGCUCUCGGUGAAAGCCAUUGGUUGUUUUCUCUGACCUCUGACCUCUGCUGUCUUUUCUGGAUUCUCUCUUAUCCUCUGAACUGUAAGUCAUGGAUCUUGUCAGUUGCUUUCUGAAUGUAAUGGGUCCAGUUCAUUCUGAUCAGACUGGUCAAAGAAGAGCCAUGGUUCCCCUGAUGGGACCCAUUGUGGCCUGUGCAGCUGAUAACAGCUUGGAUUCCUGGGGAAGCAAGUCCACCUUCCUGCAACAAACAGGAAGGGGUGGGGCCAGACCACAUGGCAGACCAGUAUCAUAUUUGGAAAUGGAACCAUUGCACUCCAGAAGUGAAGGGGGCGCUAUUUCCUAUAUUAUCCAUGGUCUCCGUUUUUAUUUUCUUUUGAAAUCUGUGAUA